AGUCCUGUCAAAAGAAUAUAUUUUCGCCCUGGGAUGUUAUGCGGUUCGAUAUUGACAGUAAAAUUCGAUACUUUUUGCACACCCCGUAUAAUUUGGACACAAAAUGAAAUAAUAUGAACUUUAUAGACAAAACGUCGUGUAGGAUAUCAGGCUCUCUGUAUUUUUAACUUGUUUACGUCGAAGCGCUAGAACUGCUGUAGAGGGGAGAAGGCUUCAUUCACAAUUUUCCUUCUUCCGAUGUCAACGCCACUGACUCGACUGGACGGGGAUCACCGCUGGUGAAUUUCACAUCAUUUCCUCAGAUCUCUAGAUCAGCUGAUGCAGCCAGGUAAGCUGCAGACGGAUGGAUGCAUGGUUGAGGUUGGAUGGAUGCUGGCUGCUUAGUGGAGGAUUCACCGUUUGUCUCACAUUACACUGCUGCGCUUCAUCGUCCUGUCUCCCUCCACCGCGGUCGGUCUCCUGCGGCCUGUGAGCGGAUGAAUGCCAAAGCCUCUGAUUUUACCAUCGCCAAAAGGACUCCAUGUCUUUCUUGGACUGUUCCUGCAUCUCCCACGCUCAGGUCCAGCCCUUGGACAUAGAGGAGCGCUAUGAGGACAUCAGCCACCAGUUCCUGAGCUGUGACGGUUCUGAAUACACUCUGCAAGGGCCAGCAGGUGGCGAUGACAUCACAGGGCUGUCAGCCGAGCCAGCCCACUACCAGCUACUGUCUGAGCUGGGGAGGGGCUUCAAUAACCUGAGCCAAGUGAACAUGGCACGCCACAUCCCUACUGGCCAGCUGGUGGCCGUCAAACAAACCAACCUGGACGAGUGCACCGAGGAGGAGCUGCUGCAGCUCAUGAACGAGGUUCUGCUGUCCAGGCUGUUCCGUCACCCCAGCCUGCUGACCUCUCGCCUGGUUUUUAGCUCCUGCUGCCAGCUAUGGGUCCUCACACCGCUCAUGGCCUAUGGCUCUGCAGACACCUUACUAAGAACAUAUUUCCCAGAUGGAAUGAGUGAAUCCCUGAUAGCGUACCUGCUGUACGGUGUGCUGAAAGCAUUGGAAUACCUGCACAGGAUGGGCUACGUUCACCGGGGCGUGAAGGCCAGUCAUAUCCUGCUGUCAGGAGAGGGGCGUGUCUACCUCUCAGGGCUCCACUGUGUUUACAGUAUGAUGCGUGAGGGGAAGAGGAUGAGGGCAGUGUUCGACAUGCCCCACCACAGCCCCGCCCUGUUGCCCUGGCUCAGCCCUGAACUACUGCGACAGGACCUGCACGGUUACGGAGUGAAGUCAGAUAUCUACAGUUUAGGUAUCGUGGCUUGUGAGCUGGUCAGCGGCAGGGUGCCUUUCCAGGACAUGCCUCCCACUCAAGUAAUGAAAACACUUCCAUCCAGACUGAUGCUGCUUCAGAAGCUGCGCGGCUCCCACUGCUGCCUGCUGGACGUGGCUCCCUUCCCGCUGGGUGAGCUGGGGGGGCUGAAGGUGUCGCGGUCCGGGGUGGACUCCGGCAUCGGGGAGAGCGUGGCCACCGGAAGCCUGACACACAGCGCCACCGCUCCUCCUGCCGACCGACCUCAGAGCCCAGGACCCAAAAACCACUCGGCCACCCUGCACAACCUGGUCCAGCUAUGUCUGCAGCAGCAGCCUGAGCGCAGACCGUCAGCAUCUGCAUUGUUGACCCACGCCUUCUUCAAGCAGGUGAAGAGGCACACCAGAGACUCCUUCCUCAGCCUCAUGUACCCAGCAGUGCCGCUCACCAGCCCCGAGGACCCUCCAGUAUCCUGCCCCCCCACCCUGUCUUGCCAUGCUUCAACGUCAACCUCCACCGACACCACUGAGGCUGUGUGGGACUUCUCCUAACACCAAUUCUCUGUCCCCAAAUCUCCAAAUCCUGACUAGCAAGCCAAACACAAGACAAUCAAAGCAAAGCAAUGAGGCCAAAUUCUACUGUGCUUUUAUUUUUUAUUAUUAACCCGACUCUCUGAGCCUUUUUUAAGUAGUUUUGUAGUGUUUUUUAUAUGUUUGUCUGGUGCAUAUGUGGAGUUUGGGUCAUGGGUUGGUGACGCAACUGUGAAAGUGCUGGAUCAAAGAAGCUGCUCUGAUCACAUGAUAUUAAUAAUGGACUAUCAAUGAGUCACAGGACAAAAGACUAAUCAGUUGAUUAAUAAUCACACACUUCCUGAGGUAAAAGGCAACUAUUAAAGUAAAAGUUCACCCAGAAAUACUUUAUUGUUAAAAACAGCUAUUUGUGCAAAAAAAUAUGUCUGGGAGCAUUUUGUUGUUACAGUGUUCUUUUCAUAUUUCCAUGGAAAUGGUUAUUUUUUGGGUGGCCGUUGUACCGGUUCUUCUACUCUAAAGGCAUUCUGAAAAAUGGAGGACCUUGUUAACUGAAUCUGAAAUAAAUAAGUGAAUACAUCAAAAAAUAAAUCCUAAUAGGUACUGACAAAAUAACCCCUGAAGUGUAAGAAAUUAUGUCAGGGUGGAUUUUUCCUUUAAAGUGUUGUAAUAUAUUCAGACUGUGACUAGUGAAUACCGAGGUACAUAAAAGUAUAUUUACAACACACAUGCUUAUAUAUUCAUCUAAAUGAGGUUUUCAAACGAGGAUAUAGUCUCUGAUGUCCAUCACAAAUAAUCCACAGAUCCGCUUAGACAUCAUAGGAAAAAGACGCUCCUUAACUUGCGCGUCGUUUGUCGACGUUUUUAAGUUUUCUUCAGUAUCACAGUAAUCCAGUGAUAGUUGUAUGUACAUCCAUGGGUAUGCUGCAAACAGGAACUGCUAAUAGGUAAUACUUUUAAAGGUUUUCCCAAAUUAUGGGAAUUAUGUUUCAAAAACUUAAAGCAUGAUUCAGAAAUUAGAUGAUUUUUACUAUGUUCAAAAUGUUUAGAAAAUUGGCCACAAUCAAAUACUUAAAUAUAUUUUUGCUGUAUUUUUGAACAUAAAUGCACAUAGUGUUUAUGUAUAGUCAUUUUAAAACAUGUUAUCACGUGUUUGCCCAUGAGCAAAUAAGACAAAGUGCAAACUGUCUGAAAAAAGAGCACAUGAGCAAUAGAAUAUAUCUAGUGUUCCAUGUAGUUGUUAGAAACCAUCAGUGGAAACAACCUUCCCUGCCCUGAUCAUUAGUGAUACGCAAAAAGAAUAUUUCUACCGUGCUCUGUGACCACUUCUCCAACAAUGCCUUUAUGUUUGAAUGAAACCUGCAUUCUGAAUAUGGUGAUCUAUCUGUAACUGUGAUUACAUGUACUGUGUAUGAGAACUGUGAUCUUCAGUACAUAUCAAACAUGGUAGCUGUAUGAGCCUUAUAUAUAUCUAUAUAUAUACACAUAUUAUAAAUGAUAUAUAUGUAUAUACACAAUUUGAUUUCUAAACUUCCUUUUAGCUUUUAUUGAUUUCUUUACAGAUUUAUGUUGAUAGAAAGUGUUUGUGUGUGUGUGUGUGUGUGUGUGUGUGUGUGUGUGUGUGUGUGUGUUUUGACGGUACGCUCCAUUCUGAAGUACACUGCAAUAUUCUUCUUAAAUCCCUGAACUUUGAUGGAUCCUCAGAACUGUUAGAUAUGUAGGAGCUGCUGGAGUCUGGAAGACGGACUGUAAAAAAGACCUGUUCUGCAAUUAUAUAGUAUUAGCAGCAUCAAUGUGUAAAUUAUGGGCAAAGUCAUGUACCCCUUAAAUCCUACAAAAUUUAAGGGUUUUUUAAAGUUGUUUUUAAGGGGUUUAAUUUUUUUCCUUUUAAGAACCCCUUAAAAUAGCAUUUGAUAGAAUAAUAAAGGGUUGUCAAAUAUUUCA